GCUUAGAUCAACUAACUUCCUGCAACAACAACACCAUGUCGCUCAAGUACGGCCUCAAUGUGAAGAAGAAAGGCGCACCGCCUCCCAGGCGGACCCUCCUCGAUGAUGAAGAUGGCGACGAUGAACCUCAAAAUUCUGGCCCAGCAGAAGUCGCUGUCGAGGAAAUCAGCACCUUUGGCCGCAGCACGAAGCCAGCACCUCAAUCAAAACCUGCUCCUGGUCUUUCGAAACCGCCGCCCAAGAAUCCUCCAAAACGAAUGAACGAUGAAGAUGAUUCCCGACAAGACCUCUCUGCCUUGCGCGCCGCGCAAAACAAAGUCAAGGACGCCCAGGAAGCAGAUGCCGCGAUUUUCGACUAUGAUUCCUUCCACGAUGCGAAGACUUCCGUGACGGAGGCUAAGAAAGCCGCGCAAAAGGAAGAUGCAAUUCUGCGAAAACCGAAGUACAUCAACAAUUUGCUAGAGUCUGCUUCGAGACGGAAGCAAGAUCAGCAGAUCGCGAAGGAGAAGCUAUUGCAAAAAGAGCGAGAAGCUGAGGGAGAUGAAUUUGCGGAUAAGGAGAAAUUCGUGACAGGGGCAUACAAGGCUCAACAGGAGGAGACAAGGAGGCUGGAAGAGGAAGAGAAGAAGAGGGCCGAAGAAGAGGCAAAGCGGAGGGGAAAUAAGCUUGUGGGAGGGAUGGCAGGCUUUUACCGCACGAUGAUGGAUCAGAGUGAGAAGCAACAUCAGGAAGCAGUGGAGGCCGCCGAGAAAGCGGAGAAAGAAGGUGUCAAGAUUGGCGAAGGGGAGCGCAAGAAGACGGACGCUGAACUUGCUGAAGAGGCGAAGGCGGCAGGAAAGAAUAUCCAUGUCAAUGAGGAAGGUCAAAUUACAGACAAGCGAGAGCUACUAUCUGCUGGGUUGAAUAUUGUACCGUCUGGCAAAGGGUCCGAUCGACGAGGGGCAGAUCAUUUGAAGAGUUCGAAUCGUCCUGCGCAGUCGGCCUUCCCGUCAAGGAAUAAGGAUGCUCAGCAGGCCACGAGGGAGAGGCAGAGCAGGAUGAUGGAAGAGCAGAUUGCUGAACGACAAAAGCGACAGCGUGAGGAAGAAGACGCUGAACGGGAAAAGCUGGAGAAGGCUGCAAAAUCGACCAAGACUGCUGCGGACGUGAGCGAUGCGAAGGCGAGAUACCUGGCGCGGAAAGCAGCGAAGGAGAAGGAGAAGAGUGGUGUCUGAAGAACGGUCUUGUGCGAUCGCUGAACCUUGAGCGAUCUCUGAUACAUGCGCUCGGCGGGGGCGCAGCACCAUGGUCCUUGCCUGGGUUGCGCAUGGCGACUAUGUCACAGCCUUGAGCCAGCAGUUUUACUUCUGCGACUCACCCGAAUUUUCUCGGGGGAAGGCACCUUCCAUUUCGCCUCUCGAGUGCUGAUAUCGUGGAAGGUAAAGCUUCUCCUCUCGCCAGCCUCACAGCUUCGGCAUUG